CUUUCAUCAUGAUAAUAGCAAAUACAAUGGCAUGCUUGGUAAGAUAAAUCAGGUCAGGAUAGCUGAUGAAAAUCUGAGUGAAAACAUUAUUUUCUUUUCUCUUUAGUAGACAAAGAAUGAUGAAAUGGAUUAUAUUCUCCUUGUGCUCAUCACGGUCUAAGAUUUUGAGACAGUAGAUGAUAAUAGGUACAAUAAACAAUGAUAAUGAGGUGGCUUGAGUCGCUUGACUUCCUUUCGUUGACUGGCGUCAAAAAUGCUUGCCCUGUAAACACUCGUGUCCAGGUUCCAUUGAUCUCGUUAAUGACAGACAUUUUCCAAGAAAAAUAAGAAGAUUGGAAAAGAUACUCUUGAUAAUAAAUAAAAAAAUUGGCCAUGCCUUCUUUCAAUACCUCCAUGAUCCUAGUAAUUCUUUCCUUGCUUAGCUUCCUUAGCCUCACCAGUGCACAAGUCCCACAUUACCGCUACCAUUUCUGCUCAAAUGAAAGCACUUUCACCGCCAACAGCCCCUACCAGUUUAACCUGAACUACCUGCUCUCUUCCCUUUCCUCCAAUGCCACGAGUGAAAUUGGUUUCUACAACGCCACUGCCGGCCAAAGCCCUGCAACCACAGUUUACGGCCUCUUCCUUUGCCGUGGUGACCUCACCACCAAUGCCUGCCAAGACUGUGUGGCAACUGCAACCAGAGAGAUUGUUCAGCAGAACUGUCUCGUAGGAAAAGUUGCCGUGAUAUGGUAUGACGAAUGCAUGCUACGCUACUCAAACCGGUCAUUCUUUUCCACCAUGGAGGAAGAGCCCAGCUAAUUACUGUGGAAUUUGAGGAAUAUAACAGAUCAAGACCGCUUCCAUAACCUGGUGGAAGCCACGUUGAAUGACUCGGUGCCUCAGGCUGCAAAUGCUCCAUCCGGUGUUAAAAAGUUUGCUACCAAAGAAGUCAGUUUUACAGAAUCCAAUACACUAUACAGCCUUGUCCAGUGCACCCCUGACAUAUCCAGCUCUGAUUGCAAUAUGUGUCUUCGAGGAGCCAUGACAAACCUACCUAAGUGUUGUGAUGUAAAGCAAACGAGUAGAGGGGGUAGAGUUCUGUAUCCAAGUUGUAAUCUUCGGUACGAAACUUACCCGUUUUACCAGAUACAAUCCGAAUCCGUCCCCACACCGUCAUUGACACCAACACCAAUGCUUCUUCCUCCAGCACCAGGUUGGGUCACGAGACAAAAAGGAAAAAGUGCUUCAAUAAAAACUAUCACCAUCGUUGCCUCAAUUGCUGUCUCUCUUGUGCUAUGCACUAUGAUCUACUACUUGCUAAGACGAAGAGCAAGAAAGAAGUACAAUGCUCUACGGGCAGAAAAUGCUACUAAUGGUAUUACUACUAUAGAGUUAUUGCAAUUUGAUCUUGCUACAAUUGAAGCUGCCACCAACCACUUCUCAGAUGAUAACAAGCUAGGUGAAGGUGGAUUUGGUGCGGUUUACAAGGGGAUACUUUCUAAUGGAGAAGUAGCAGUAAAGAGGUUAUCAAAAAGGUCUGGACAAGGAGCAGGAGAAUUUAAAAAUGAGGUUGUAGUGGUUGCCAAACUUCAACAUAGAAAUCUUGUAAGCUUAUUGGGAUUUUGCUUGGAAAGAGAGGAAAAGAUACUUGUCUACGAAUUUGUGCAAAACAAAAGUCUCGACUACUUUCUAUAUGACCUUGAAAGACAAAGACAAUUGGAUUGGCCAAUACGUUACAAAAUUAUUAAAGGGGUUGCUCGAGGGAUUACUUAUCUUCAUGAAGAUUCUCGGCUUAGAAUUAUACAUCGUGAUCUUAAAGCUAGUAAUAUUUUGUUAGAUGGGGAUAUGAAUCCAAAAGUUUCAGACUUUGGUAUGGCAAAGAUUUUUGAAAUUGAUCAAUCUCGAGGAAACACUUUCAAGAUUGCUGGCACAUUUGGUUACAUGGCUCCAGAGUAUGCCAGGCAUGGACUAUUCUCUGUAAAGUCGGAUGUAUAUAGUUUUGGUGUACUUAUUCUUGAGAUUAUAAGUGGAAAGAAGAUAAGUUCUUUCAAUCAAUCAGAUGGUACUGCUAGACACCUUUUGAGCUAUGCAUGGAAACUUUGGAGGGAUGGAACACCCUUGGAUUUGUUAGAUCCAACAUUGGGAGAAUCUUACUCGAGAGAUGAAGUCAUUAAAUGUCUCCAUAUUGGCUUACUAAGUGUACAGAAUGAUCCGGUUGAUAGGCCAACAAUAGAAACCAUAGGUCUCAUGCUAAACAGUUACUCGGUUCCUCUACCGCCACCUCAACAACCUGCAUAUUUCUCUAGCAGUGUAGCAGAGCCAAACGUGCAGUCAAAUGAGACUGAUUCAGAUCAAUGUAAAAUCAAAUCACUGCCCUGUUCUGUCGAUGAAGCAUCUAUUACUCAAGUAUACCCUCGGUAGCUUUACAGUGGCUGAUGCCUGACAGCGAAAAUUAAAUACAAAUAAAACGGGGUGCUUUGGUACUGUUGCUCUAUGCUUAGAAGAACUUGAUGUCUAUUCUUAAUUAGUUCUGUCUCUCAAGUAUUUGAGUUAUAAAGUGGUGUCUUUAAUUGCAAGUUGUUUUAUAUUUGGGGGACUUUUGAGUCUGUAAGAAUUUAGAAAUUAGAAGGCUAUGAGUUGUUUUGCAAUAGGAGUCGGUUUGAUGUAAGACGAGAUUUAAACAUUUUCAAGAGAAAUAGAAACGAACAUAUUGAGAAAGCGUCGUUUGAAGAGAUUUUUGUUCGGUUUCAGACAGUAAAAAUACAGAAGGAAAGAAUUUGUAACACUCUCAGAUGAUUGACAACAAAAUUCGGUUUUUUUUUUU